CUGAGCGUUCCCGUACAAGAAACUGUGGAAUAUACAAAGCCCCGGAGUAAAUAGGGACAGAGCUCAUUGUGAGAAUCUGGAAAGAUGGGUUCUACGUUAAACGAUCUCGGACUCUGGAGGCAGUAGUGAGAGGUUAUGUCUUGCCUGCGGGAAUGGAGCACGCGUAGACAAGUUGUGUGUGCAAGGCCAAUUAGGAAUAUUUUCUCCCCCAAGUGGAAUAGUACCCUAACCCUAGAGCGUAGGACGAGCUUGUCAUCCGCUUCGCGUGAGGCUCCCGCGAGCUGAGUUUGAUUGCGAGUGGACGAUUGCCAAUACUGCCUUGGGUCUCGAGUGGAAUGCGAUUCUCGUCGAGGAAUUAUCACAAUUGAUGGUUUGGCGCUCAUUUCCUUCUUCACCAUCGUGUCUUAGUGCCCAGGAGCUGCGAAGAUGACUACGCUUACCUCGCAAGAGCUCAAUUUCUUGAUAUUCCGGUAUCUACAUGAAUCCGGAUUCAUACACUCGGCCUUCACUCUAGGCUACGAGGCGAACCUUUCCAAAGCUGUAAUUGAUGGUAAUCAAGUGCCCCCAGGUGCUCUUAUUUCGUUCGUGCAAAAAGGACUUCAAUAUCUGGAGCUCGAAGCCAAUCUCAACGAUGACGGUAUGGACAUAGAUGGAGAUUUUGCUCUACUUCAGCCAGUCGAUCUGCUCACAAAGGACAUGUUGGAACUGCGACAAAUCAUUAAAGACAAACGUGAGAAGAUAGAUAAGGAAAAGGAGAAGGAAAAGGAGAAGGAAAGGGACAAAGAGAGAGAGAAGGAGAGAGAGAAAGAACGCGAAAAGGAACGAGAGAAGGAGAAGGAACGUGUGGAAAGAGAGAAAGAAAAGGAGCGGGAGAGGGAAAGGCUCGAGAGAGAAAGAGAUCGCGAGCGAGAGAAAGAGAAGGAGAGAGAGAAGGAGCGCGAACGUGAUCGGUUUGAGAAAGAAAGAGAUCGAGAUGAGAAGGCAAAGAUGCCCGUUGAGAUACCUCAAGUUGCCAAAGCCGCUGGAGGUCCUGAAGAUCAUCCCGAGGCUACGGUACCCGCAGCUACCCCAAGUGACAUAUCUCACUCUGACGUCACAAUACUGGAAGGCCAUACAUCAGAGGUCUUCAUCUGUGCCUGGAGCCCAACCGGAUCUCUUCUGGCUUCUGGUUCGGGGGAUUCAACAGCCAGAAUAUGGACAAUUGCGGAUGGACCAUCCGGAACAUCAGCUCAGACCUCAGCUCCUCGACCUCUUGUCUUGAAGCAUUUCAAAGGCAAGACCAAUGAGAAAAGCAAGGAUGUUACAACACUUGAUUGGAAUGGUGAGGGAACUCUGUUGGCUACAGGGUCAUAUGAUGGUCAAGCGCGCAUUUGGAGCAAAGAUGGAGAGUUGAAGAACACAUUGAACAAGCAUAAAGGACCAAUUUUUUCCUUAAAGUGGAACAAGAAAGGCGAUUGCCUGUUGAGUGGUAGCGUGGAUAAAACUGCCAUCAUAUGGGAUGCAAAGACGGGUGACGUCAAGCAACAGUUCGAGUAUCAUGGUGCACCUACUUUGGAUGUCGAUUGGCGUAACAAUGUUUCCUUUGCGACUUGCUCAACUGACAAAAUGAUCUAUGUCUGCAAACUUGGGGAGAGUCGUCCUGUCAAGUCUUACGCUGGGCAUCAGGAUGAAGUAAAUGCUAUCAAGUGGGAUCCCACUGGUACCCUUCUUGCGUCAUGCUCUGACGAUUUCACAGCGAAGAUAUGGAGCUUGAAGCAAGACAAGUGUUUACAUGAUUUGAAAGACCACACAAAGGAGAUUUACACCAUCAAAUGGAGUCCUACUGGUCCGGGAACAAACAACGUGAACCAACAGUUGGUUUUAGCAAGUGCUUCAUUUGAUGCGACUAUCAAACUAUGGGAUAUCGAAAAGGGAGCUCAACUCGUCAGCCUGACCAGCCACAGUGAACCAGUAUAUUCUGUUGCCUUCAGUCCUAGUGGGGAGUAUCUAGCCAGUGGGUCCUUCGAUAAAUGUCUGCACAUCUGGUCAGUCAAGGACGGGAGCCUGGUGAAAACAUAUCGCGGAAGCGGCGGCAUCUUUGAAGUCUGUUGGAAUAAGGAGGGCGACAAAGUCGCGGCUUGCUUCUCGAAUAACACCGUUUGCGUUUUGGAUUUUCGACUGUAGGGUGGCUAUAUCCUCACUGUAUACUGAGUACACUCGGUGCGUCGAGCAUUUUUUGUAGAAUGAUCACUUUUAGACCCUGUUGGAGGUAUUAGUCAGCCCAAAUCCUGAUUUUUCAUCUGCCCCUUCAUAUAAAAUGUUCUCUUAAAUGCCACAUAAUCAACCACCUAAGACUGUAGUUCUAAAUUUCUUUACAUAAUUUUGUGGGAGCUUAUAGUCAAUCCUUGGAGCGCCAUUUUUUAACUGCUGGUCGUGCCUAAAAGUUUAGUUUAGUGCUGAAACGUGAGAUGAUCAAUGCCAUACUUUGGCUGUACUUGUGAGGUAGCGAGUGCCCUAUUGGGCUGUAGGGAGUUGGUUUAGUGGCAAAGUUAUAUACUCGCACGGGGUAAUACAUGGACCUGGUAGGUACAGUCCCCUAAUUUAAAUUGUACAGAAGUUGGGUCAGUUCUUAACGUCUGACCCACUAAACACCUUCCACUUAGAUAGACACUUCAAUAAGGCGUCAACGACUUACAAAGUCAGUCCAGUGACGAUGAUUGUAUAUUAAGUUGCCUCUCUGUGCCUUCUAGUAGUCAUUGUAGAAUGGACUACCAUAAUGGAUCAGGUUUUCUGGUUAUACAGGACAAGUCUUCUGUAAAGUAGCUUAAGACUCCACACGGAAGUGAUACCGGUGUUUUCCACUUUGAGCUUUAGGUUGACAAUAUAAAUUUAUACAGAAUUGGAUGUUAGCGCUGAAGGCAUUGUACUGUUCCUUCUUUUGUUCUCCUGUCUCCCAUCUGUUUCUGAUUACCUGUUUCG